AUCAUCCAGGAGCUAGCAGCAGCAGCAGCGGCGGCGGCGUUUGAUUCAAGAAGCUGAAAGCAAAACAGUUUAAAAGAAAAAGAUAGUUCUCGUUUUUUUUUUUUUUUUUUUUUUUAGCACUUAACACAGAAGACUGUGCGUCGCAUUCAUUCCGUGAAGACAUGGCUGCGGAUUGGUUGGGUAGUUUGGUGUCAAUUAACUGUGGGCCAACACUGGGAGUCUAUCAAGGAGAGGUGGUGUCUGUGGACCAGUCCAGCCAGACCAUCUCCCUAAGACAACCUUUCCACAACGGAGUCAAGUGCCCCGUCCCCGAGGUCACAUUCAGUGCCAUUGAUAUAAAGGAGCUGAAGAUUUUAGAUAUCAGAAAUGGCAAUGCGAGGAACAGCUCUACAAAGAGUGCUCCAGUUGCAGUCCCAAAGUCUGAUCCCAGGUCUGUGGACAAACUAAACUCUCCUCAGCACUGCUCGAAAAGCUACGGAGAACGUCACCUGGAUGUACCCGGCCAGCCGAAAGCAUUUCGUCGAAGACACAACUCCUGGUCGUCUAGUAGUCGAGGGGUGAACCAAGUGACACCGAAAAAGAACGGGGUGAAGAACGGUCAGAUGAAGCACCGAGAUGAUGAGUGUUUUGGGGAUGGCAUGGACGACGGGCUGGAUACAGACUUUGAUUUUGAAGGAAACUUGGCUCUUUUUGACAAAGCGGCAGUUUUCUCAGAAAUCGACAUAUCGGAACGCCGUAACGGUGCGAGGUCACGCGGGACGCCUCAAGAGCAGACACCCUCACGGUACCGCCAUGAUGAAAACAUCCUGGAAGCCAAACCUAUUGUGUACAGACAGAUUACUGUACCGCAGCCAGGGGCCAAAGAGUACUGCACUGACUCUGGGCUUGUUGUACCCAGUAUAUCCUAUGAACUCCACAAGCGUCUGUUGUCAAUCGCUGAGCGUCAUGGUCUCUCACUGGAGCGAAGACUUGAGAUGACUGGAGUGUGUGCCAGUCAGAUGGCACUUACACUGCUGGGUGGGCCCAACAGAUUCACUCCGAAAAAUUUACACCAACGUCCCACAGUGGCUUUGCUGUGUGGCCCUCAUGUUCAGGGAGCUCAGGGCAUCAGUUGUGGUCGUCACCUGGCCAAUCAUGAAGUGGAGGUCAUCCUAUUUCUGCCCAAUUUUGUCAAGAUGCUCGACUCGGUCACCAGUGAGCUCACGCUCUUCAAUAAGACCGGUGGCAAACAGGUGUCAAGUAUCAAAGACCUUCCAGACACUCCAGUGGAUCUAAUCAUUAACUGCCUGGAUUGCCACGAGAACACAUUCCUGAUGGAUCAGCCUUGGUACAGAGCAGCUGCAGACUGGGCUAACCAGAACCGAGCGCCAGUGCUCAGCAUAGACCCUCCCGGUAGUGGACAGGGCCAGGCAGUGGAGGCCAAGUGGUCCCUCUCUCUUUGCCUCCCCCUUCCUCUAGCUGAGGGGGCUGGCAGGGUUUACCUGUGUGACAUAGGUAUUCCUCGCCAGGUGUUCCAGGAAGUGGGAAUCAAGUACCUUUCUCCUUUUGGCUGCAAAUUUGUCAUCCCCUUGCACUCUGCAUAAUGUGACUAAUGGUCACCACGACAGAUUGAAUUCUUCACCCUCCAUGACCAUUUGGGUUUUGGCGCCUUACUGUAUAUCCCAGAGCUUCAGCUGAGAGUUUCUAACCCAUCAACAUGUGAACAGAACUCAUCCCUCAUACUGAUGGACCAUUGUGUCUUACAUUUGUUCUCCAAGAACUAAGUGCAGGGUAAUUUAGGGAAGAGCUUUAUAGAAAAACUAAAUGUGUUGCCCUUGAGAGGCUUCAGCAGUUCUGGAGCUAACAUUGUAUUUACAUAAUAUUACAAGGUGGGAACAAGAGUAUAGCUGAUGGGUCCAAAUCAAAAUCCCAUAGUGUUCAGUUUCAAAUUGAAUAGGACAAUCUCUGACUUUCUUAAUGUCACCAUAAUCUCAUUCCAAAGCCACCGGGUGAAUAAACAGAGAUCCACCAUAUAAUACAUUCAAGUGUGAUGUUAUUCCAUUAAUCUGAAUAAGAUAAAAGAAAUCCAUCUUAAGGUAUAUUGGUGUUCCCAUUGCUAUUGGCUGUGUGUAUAGCCUGUCAUCUUCUGCAGCACUCAGUAACUGUUCUAUGAAGUUUUAUUAAGAUAGAAAUUACAUCUAUGUGGAAUAUUUGUCAUUUCUGUGAGUAGUGCUGGGUUUCAAACUGUUUAAAACAGGGCAGCUACUGGAGAGAAUCCCAAUAUGAGAAGUUGUGUUAAAGUGGUGAAUUAGGCUGUGAUGAUAAGGGCUUUGAGAAGAUGACACAGCAUGCAAAAACCUCAAGAAAUCUUAUCUUGUAGAGGUGAUUUAAAAAAAGGUUUGUCAUUAAAACGCUGGUACAAUAGAGAGCUGAAGUCAUGACAUCAUGUCGAGGCUAAACUUUCUCAAUGAAACAUGUUUCUGCGGUUUUCUGUCCAUACAGACAAUUUGGCCACUACAGCGGUUGCUGUAAGAAAUCGAAACCCUUACUACGUUAGCUCAGAAAAAACUACAGCUUCCAUUAAAAUUAAAACCUGUGCAGAUGCUUCAAAACACACUGUUAAUGAACGCUUAGUUCCAAGUUUUUAGUACGAGUGUUACAAGAAGUCAAGUGAUAUUCUGAAUGACUUCUCAAAAAGAACCUGAAAGUUCUGGUUUCACGUUGGCUCUCUAUUGCACUAGUUGAAAGGACCAUACCAGAGUGUUGGCAAGUUUCAGUUCCUUAACUACAAAUCCUUUAACAUCUCUGCUGAUCUGUUUUUAAAAUGCAGACCACAGUUUUACAUUUUUGAUAUUUUUCUAUUGGUUUCCAAAACUUGCUGUAGAGUAUAAAAAUCCGUUAGCAGACUCUUUAAAUAUGUCACGUAAUCCAUCACAGCGAACAUCAAGUCUGUAACGUAGUUUAACCACAGAUUUCAGAAGUUUGCACUGUUUUACACUGACAAAAAAAACAAAUGCAUCAAUGACUUUUUCUGUGAUGGACUAAAGUUUCAAGAGUGUCCUAUUAGAUUUUUAUGUUUUAUGGAAAUGAAUAUAAGGGAACAGAUGCCGGCAAGACAAAAUAUGGUUUGCAGAUGGUUAGCAGUGAUGUAAAGUGAAAGUGAUUUGUAAUAAAUAAGCUAAAAAACCACUGGUAUGGUCCUUUUUAAGAUUCAAACCAUGAUUCAGUUUUGAUCUUGCGGGUUCAAAUGUCAAGAGUUUUUUAUUUUUUGAUAAAAGUUGUGUUGGUUUACAAAACAAGUAGCAUUUCUGAAAGUCUAAAUGCUCUGUGUGUGUGUGGGAGGGAUUCAAAUGCUUUUUAUCGUCAAUCAACAUGCUGCACUAUAGUACCCAGUUUGAACCAAUUAGAUUUGGUCUCCAUGAGCAGAAAUAGUUUAUGGGUUUUUCUUUCCUGAUGUUGUGGAGUACGCUUCUUUGUGUCAAUAAUUAGUUGUAUUAACCAUGAAACUAAGUUUUGUGCUUCUCGAGGCCUUGAUAGAGGGGUUGUAGGAACCGACAGAUCUGCUGCUUGUUCCUCAACAAGUAUAGCAGUCAUUUGAAAUGUAUCCAGAACAGAGGCGGUUGUAUUUUGUUUUCUAAUCUUUACUCCACAUGCAUAUCGUGCAUGUCGACUUGUCUUAAAAAUCUUAGUCAUAGAAAAAGCUGACUUGAAUCAGGCAGAGGUUACAGAUCUGGGUUUUUGGCUCGGCACAAACUUGUCUCAGGAGGAUUACAGAUUGUUGCGUUGUGUUUGUUUGUAUCUGUGCACGUCAGACUGCACAGAGUUCAGGCGAUGAUUCAGUGAAAAUGGCUUUUAUGCACAGAGGUUUUGUCCUUUCUCCAACAUUCCUCCGGCCUGAUGUGUUAUGUCUCAUCUGUUGAGACAAGUCUGGCUUUGGAAACACCAGCCAGCGUUACUGAAUGUGAACGUAAGACGAGUUUAGUUUCUCUUCUGGCCGCCAGAGGGCCCAUGAAGCCACACUCAAAGGCGGCUCCUUCCUUCCUUGUUGUAUGUACCGGAUACUAUUUCCUUUAAAGAAUGGUGUUAUUUCUCUGCAAAAUGUGAACAGCCAGAAAAAAAAAACACAUCUGGCUCCUUUUUGUUGUUGUUUGUUUGUUUGCAGGAGAGGUUGAAUGUGAGAUUGUUUGAGCGCAGGUUAUGCUUCUUGAGAAUUAGUUUACAUGUUUCAGAUUCUCAGAUCCGCACUUGAUGUUUAUGACCAUGUGAGGUCAGUCUGUAGAUCAUCAUUUAACAACAGAUUAAAUAAUAAUCAGUGGGAGGUUUUGUCUAGACAGGACGGGACCACUAUUUCCUUCUGUAAGCGAAGUUCACCAUCGAGAAAAAAAAAUGCAGUCCAGUCCUCUUUCUUGUGUCAUGUCUGCAGAUUAAAAUAAUAAACAAAACACUAUUGCCUUUC